CGGCACGUGGCGGCGGCGCUGGAAGGGGCCGGGGUGCGCUACUGGCUGGAGGGCGGCUCGCUGCUGGGCGCCGUGCGCCUGCGGGACGUCAUCCCCUGGGACUACGACGUGGACAUGGGCAUCUACCGCGAGGACGCGGCCAAGUGCCGCUGGCUGCGGGAGGCGGAGCGGGGCGGCCCCGUGGAGGACGAGCAGGGCUUCGUGUGGGAGCGGGCGGCCGAGGGGGGGUUCUACCGCGUGCACUACAGCCGCAGCAACCGGCUGCACGUCGACCUGUGGCCCUUCUACCCCCGCGCCGGGGUGAUGACCAAGGAGACGUGGCUGGGCCACCCGCAGGACGUCGAGUUCCCCGAGCGCUUCCUGCUCCCCACCGUGCCGCUGCCCUUCGCCGGCUUCACCGCCAUGGGGCCCAACAACGCCCGCGAGUUCCUGGAGCUCAAGUUCGGGCCGGGGGCCGUGGAGGAACCCGAGUACCCCAACCCCAGCGUCCUCAGCCUGCGCCGGGGGCAGGAGCCCCAAUAAAUCCCGGUGACGGCCCC